UACCGCUACCUCCGGUAGAGUGAUUCCCCCUACUUAACACCGGCGACUGAGCGAGCAGCGCUCCGCGACCCCGAGAUUCAGAAGAUGGCUGAUCCUUGGCAAGAAUGCAUGGACUUUGCAGUAACUCUAGCAAGACAAGCUGGAGAGGUGAUUCGUGAAGCUCUAAAACAUGAAAUGAACAUUAUGAUUAAAAGUUCUCCAGCUGAUUUGGUAACUGCUACGGACCAAAAAGUUGAAAAAAUGCUUCUCUCUUCUAUAAAGGAAAAAUACCCAUCUCAUAGUUUCAUUGGUGAAGAAUCUGUGGCGGCUGGGGAAAAAAGUGUCCUAACCGACAACCCCACUUGGAUCAUUGACCCAAUUGAUGGCACAACUAACUUUGUACACAGAUUUCCUUUUGUAGCUGUUUCGAUUGGCUUUGUUGUAAAUAAAAAGAUGGAAUUUGGUGUUGUGUACAGUUGUGUGGAAGAUAAGAUGUAUACUGGCAGGAAAGGCAAAGGUGCCUUUUGCAAUGGCCAAAAACUACAGGUUUCACAACAAGAAGAUAUUACCAAAUCACUGUUGGUGACAGAGUUGGGCUCUUCCAGAACACCAGAGACUGUAAGAAUUGUUCUCUCUAACAUGGAAAAGCUCUUCUCCAUUCCCAUUCAUGGAAUCCGGAGUGUUGGAACAGCAGCUGUUAACAUGUGCCUGGUGGCAACUGGAGGGGCGGAUGCAUAUUAUGAAAUGGGAAUUCACUGCUGGGACAUGGCAGGAGCUGGCAUUAUCGUCACUGAAGCUGGAGGAGUCCUGAUGGAUGUAACCGGUGGACCAUUUGACCUGAUGUCACGAAGAAUAAUUGCUGCAAAUAGCAAAGCUUUGGCUGAAAGGAUAGCCAAAGAGAUUCAGGUAGUACCUUUACAGAGAGAUGAUGAGGAUUAAUAGCACAGCUUCAGAGUCGACCAUGGUUAUGGUUCCUGUGCCCAGACUCUCCAAAACCCUUGCACUUAUGAGACCUACGUGGAUGCCACAGGGCUGAGAUGUGACUCAGAGCUAUAACACUUGCCUAGCAUGCAGAAGGCCCUGAGUUCCAACCCUGAGACCACAAAAUAAAGGAAAAGAACCAACCAAACAGAUGUAUGAUAUGAUUGAUUUAGGUUAUCUUUGAUGUGCCAAUUUAAAAUAGAUCUUUUUCUAUGGACUAUGUUAGAAUAAAUAUUUGUCUAUUAUAAGAAGUUUUUGCUUAUAAGUGUAUGCUUUGGGAAAAAAUAUACGGGACAUGUAGUUCCUUAGCUAUACAUUGAAAUAGCCAAUUUACAUUUUGUGUUUCUAAGUGUAUAUGAUUCUCUGAAAUUUUGUGUUACUAUUUAUAUACAAAAGGAUUCAAAUUAGAAAGUUAUGUUUUGGAGGGAAUUUUUUUUCUUUUUCUAAAAGGUAUAUUUUAAUUAAUUUUGUAAGUAUAUAAUAAAUAUUUCUUAGAUUAAUAUUUUUUAUUUUUAGCAGAAAACUUUGUUUUACUUAUCACUGUUGUACAUACAGUACCUGUCAAAUAGUCUGUCCAAAAUAAUUACUUCAGAAUGAAGAUUUUUAGCUGGGAACCUUUGCCUCCUAUCUGUAAUCUUAGCUGCUCAGGACACUGAGAUCUGAGAGUGGCUUUUGAAAGCCAGCAUGGGCGGAAAAAAUCACUGAGACUCAUUUCCAUUUAACCAAAUGAUAAGAGUACCCACCAUGAGCCAAAAAGCAAAGGCCCUGAGUUGAAGAUUUUCAAGUUGCAAUUCCUAGUUAUUAAUUGAUUCAUAAAGCAAUGAGCUUACUAUUAUGUAUUUUUGCUUCAAGUUUUGAAGUAAAAAUUAUCUCAUUGUCCUUUAUCUAUUUCAUAUUAACAUAGCAUUGCUUACCAUGGGCAUUUCUGCAGUUAGGAGGUUUCCAGAGAAUAUGUUUGAGUAUAAAAUUCCCUUAUUAGAGAAGAGGAAUUUUCACCAAGUAUUCUCAUCAGUUAUGUAGCUAGAAGCAAUAUAACAUUGCACUAGAUUUGAUGGUUACAUUGUAAAGAUGUCACACUGAUUUGUUGUGCUAUCAAAUCAUUGCUGCUAAUAUUGAGCUAUUUGAUUUCUUCCCAGACUUCUUAUUUAAUUUCAUUGCUGCUGCCUUUUUAUAUUCUUUAAUAUGUGUUAGUUUAUUAAACCCAAAAAGAAAAUUAUACUUCAGAGACAUUUUUAAAGGAUUAAUAUUGGUAAUGUUUUUCCCUUGGUGUAUAAACAGAUAAAUUUGGUUAUAGGCAUGUAAGAGCUUUAUAUUUAUAGGAUAAAGCCUUGUAUUCGAAAAGUGCUCACGUAGUUCUCAAAGUAAGGGGCUAUUUUAUUGUGUAUGUAAUACAUUAAAUAUAUGAUACUGGUAUUUGGGUAUUACAGUUACUGUAUUUGUACUGUUAAUCACAUGCACUUGAAAGAUAUAAUUCUGACACUAAGUCUGGUGGAUUUUCCAAUUACAUUUUAAUUAAGACUAUCAUAAAUAAAAUUUUAAA